AUUUGAGAAGAAACAGUGGUAUAUAUUACAUUGGUGAUGUUGUAUGGUUUUGAUUAAGACAUGUUCACAAAUUCCAUGUUGUUGACAAAAGUGGAGACGUCGCCACCUCCAAGUCCAACUGGAGUAAACAACCCCAGGAUGCAGGCCAGGCACACAGCUGGGGCAAAAAGAUACAAAUACCUGAGAAGGAUUCUCCGGUUUCGACAGAUGGACUUUGAAUUUGCUCUAUGGCAGAUGCUUUAUUUAUUUAUUGCCCCACAAAAAGUUUACAGAAAUUUUCAAUACAGAAAACAGACCAAAGAUCAAUGGGCUCGUGAUGAUCCUGCAUUCCUUGUGCUACUUGCUAUUUGUCUUUGUGUGUCAUCAAUCGGCUUUGCUAUUGUCCUAAAACUUCACAUUGUAGCGUUCUUUAAAUUUUUGCUUUGGGUGAUAUUUGUUGAUUGUAUUGGAGUUGGUCUUGUCAUUGCAAGUAUUCUCUGGUUCAUUUCCAACAAAUAUCUAAGGAGUUCCAGCAGUGAUAAGCCGCAAGAUGUUGAAUGGGGAUUUGCCUUUGAUGUUCACCUCAAUGCAUUCUUUCCUCUUCUCAUGAUACUACACUUCCUACAACUGUUUUUCCUCAAACCUGUUAUUGUCCAUGAUUGGUUCUUUUCCUAUUUCCUUGGUAACACGCUUUGGGUGAUUGCAAUUGGUUACUAUAUUUACAUAACGUUCCUUGGAUAUAGUGCAUUACCUUUCCUGAAGAAAACUGUAGUUUUGUUGUACCCGCCGAUGUUGGGACUUUUUUCUUUGUAUGUCUUGUCUCUUCUCAUGCACUGGAAUCUGAGUAAAGGGCUGAUGGAUUUCUACGAGUACAGAGUCCUGUAAGGAAUGUGAAAGGACUGACAAGGAAAACAAAACAAACAGUACCCUGUGUAACUUGAAAAUAUGAAAAACUUACCAUUACGGAUAUUUGAAUGCAAGUUACGCAAGUAUCCAUAAAGAGGUGGAGAGUUCCAAGAAUUAUUUAUAAAUAUUUUUAUGUUGAGUGUAUAAGACAAAAAGUGUCUUGUAUAGGUAAGAUUUGGGAAUGG